ACACACUCAUCCCUCCUUUCUUUCACUCCUUCCCCUUCCAACUCCUCCUUCUCCCUCUCCGCCGCUGUCUCCAACAGCUGAUUUCCAGAUCAGAGAGAGAGGAACCCUGCGAGACGGUUCAGGUUUGGAGUCGGCUGCAGCAGAAGGAUUCACCGCGAGCAGAGAUGCGGGGAGAGCGCUGCGGUCCGACAGCGUCCGUCAUGAAGAUCUGAGCUCCGCCGCCGCUCCGUCAGCUCCGGGAGGAUGGCUUUCCAUGGAUCCUCUCGGCCAACAGUGUGUGGUAACUUGUUCCCUGGAUCAGAGUUAGGCCACAAGUAUUUCUGUGUCAACACCACGACCGGCACUACCUCAACAGGCCUCAGCGCAACACCAAAUCCGACCGGACCCAACGCACCCGCUGGGACUCCCAGACACCCGGCGUCUCUCGGGGGCAGCGCAGGCGGAGGGGCGGCCAUCCCGCAACCUCACAGUAACCCAGCAAGUGAGGUUCCAAGUCCUGCUGAGAUGGAGCCUGAUCGGCCUAUCGGUUAUGGUGCAUUUGGGGUGGUCUGGGCUGUGACGGACCCUCGGGAUGGGCGUAAGGUGGCUCUGAAGAAAAUGCCGAAUGUCUUCCAGAACCUGGUCUCCUGCAAACGUGUGUUCAGGGAACUCCGGAUGCUAUGUUUCUUUAAACAUGACAAUGUGCUGUCUGCCCUUGACAUUCUCCAACCUCCACAGAUCGACUGCUUUGAGGAGAUAUACGUGAUCACUGAGCUCAUGCAGAGUGACCUACAUAAAGUCAUCGUGUCCCCUCAGCCUCUCACCACCGAUCACAUCAAGGUGUUCCUCUACCAGAUACUCAGGGGGCUGAAGUACCUGCAUUCUGCAGGCAUUCUGCACAGAGACAUCAAACCAGGGAACCUGCUGGUCAACAGCAACUGUCUGCUUAAGAUUUGUGACUUUGGCCUGGCGCGAGUGGAGGAGCCGGAUCCUUCUCGUCACAUGACCCAGGAGGUGGUGACGCAGUAUUACCGUGCUCCUGAGGUCCUGAUGGGAUGCCAGCAUUACACUUCAUCUAUAGACGUCUGGUCUGUAGGCUGCAUCUUCGCAGAGUUGCUGGGCAGACGUAUUCUCUUCCAGGCUCAGAGCCCCAUACAACAGUUGGAUCUGAUCACUGAUCUCCUCGGGACUCCUCCUCUUUCUGCCAUGGCCUCCGCGUGUGAAGGAGCACGAGCGCACAUUCUUAGAGGACCCCACAAACCACCCUCACUGUCUGUUCUGUACAUGUUGUCAGAUGGAGCAACACAUGAAGCUGUUCAUCUUUUGUGCCGCAUGCUAGUUUUUGAUCCAGCUAAGCGCAUCUCGGGCAGUGAUGCUCUGUCUCAUCCGUAUUUGGAUGAGGGUCGUCUGCGGUACCACACCUGCAUGUGUAAGUGCUGUUACUCUGUGCCCAGCGGGAGGGUGUACACCCGAGACUUUGAGCCGCCUGCGGAUCGACCUUUCAGCCACAACUAUGAGCAGAGCAUGCACUCCGUCUGGCAGGGCAAAGAGCUCAUCCAUCGUUUUAUAACAGAGCACCAGCAAGGCAAACGAGUGCCUUUGUGCAUCAAUCCCCAGAGUGCAGCCUUCAAAACCUUCAUUAGAUCCACAGCCUGGCAUUCCUCAAAAGUAUCAAGGAAAGAAGAGAGAUGAGGGAUGAGGUGGAUUCUGGGAAAUGUGGAUCAUAGGAGCAAGCAUGCUUUGGGGAUGAAGAUGGAUCACAUGCUUUUGAAUGAACUCUCAGCACUCAUUCCAAUUCGACAUGGGAAUUUUCAGAAAAACAAGUUUUUUUUUUGUUUAGUUUUUUUUGUCCAGAUCCACUUACAACACUGAUGAAUAAUGCUUUUGAUGCUGCUGAGAACACUUUUAUACUGACUCGUGCUUGAGGAUUAUGGGAAAUAGAAUUUUCCACAUAAAAAAAGAAAAUGGGUUGUUGAAUAUGACUAAAUGAGCCAACGUCAAUGUUGUGCAAUACAGAUAUCUGGAAUAAUGCAAAUGAGGAGACUGCGCUGACCAUGAUUUCACUAUCAGAUGAGAUGACGGUGCCCACAAGCCCCCUUCAGUCUGCCGCUGUAUCUCUAAACUCGGUCUAUAGACUUUAAUCACUGUGUUCCUUUUGCGGGUUCUUCGGUUUUAUUCUGAAAAUAAUUCUGCUAACCAAAAGUUCUUAAGUCUUCUUACUUUGUUACUGCUUCCUCAUUCAGCUGAAUGCUUUCUGUUCGAUAUCACUCAGAUUUUCUACUUUUUUUUUUUUCUUUGCUCUUUUCUGGGGCGGGGGGGUCCUCUCAAGAUUUCUUAUGAAGCCCCCUGUGCAAAUGAUCCCUGAGCAAAUGCAUUUGAGGUUUAGAGAUGGCAUCGUCUCGUGAUGACAGGUACUGUGCCGUUUCCACCUGAAGCAUCUUCCCAAAUGUCCCGCCCCCCUCCGAGGACCAAACGGGAUCGUUAUCAGCAUCCUGCUCUCUGAUUGGGCGAGGCUCUGUAGGCAGAGAAGAUAGAUUGAAUAUUAUUUAUUUUCUCUUUUUAAUUUAUUGUCGUCUUGUCCAUCUUGUUAGGUGGACCAGGUGCGUGGGUUUCAUGGCGACAUGAGCGAGCCAUCUGGUCCGUGAGUGUUUUUGGAAAAUUUCUGUGGUUUCAGAGAGUUUAGGGAAUGUGCAGUGUUGUAAUUUUUUUUUGUUUUGUUUAUAUAUAUAUUUCAUUACCUCAACCGGCCCUUAUUUCACUGGGCUGGUGUAUAUAGACUGAACCCAAUCGUUUAUCAAACAUGUACUGUAAUGCAGUCGAAUGACGUCAGGUGUGUGUGUGUGUGUGCGUGUGUGUGUGGAGAGCUACUCCAAUGGGCCGCAGUCUCUCUCUGAAUCCAUCUGCUUUCUUUGUCCUUCAGAGCGGAUUUUCAAGACGGUGGCUUAUGGUUAAUUAAUAGUUGUUGGGGAAAUGCUGCUGUUUGUGUAAUACCUCCAAAACCUCCCCGACUCAUUUGUAAAAGUGACACGUCUAGAGCUCAGGUUUCAUAUUCGACAAUAUGGACUAGAGUGUAGACACUGUAGACGUGGGUCCAGGCUGUCGCUGGUGCUCUCUGGGUCUACUGCAGAGCUGAGUACUCAAAGAUGCCCAGUACUGGAAGAGUUUGCCUCCUACCAGCAGGUGGCAACACAAGAGCAGGGCACGAUUUGUAUCAAGGCCGUUAUCACUCAUCAGUAAUGUCUCUCAAUGCAUGUGUGUAUGGACUUCACUUAAGAUUUGCAAUUGCAGUGCAUUAGGAGUUUUAUUUUAGAAACGUUUAUAAAUGUGCUGUUGAUAUUUAAUUUUAUUAUAGGAAAGUCUCUCUCUUUUUCCCCCAUGUAUUGUGACCUUUUUUUUUUUUGCUUUUGGUUUAAAAUUUUAGUUGAUGUUGUUUUUAUGACCCGUUUUGCUAUUGUGUUGGUAGAAAAACUAGCAAAAUAGUGACACGAAUGAAGAUCAGUGGGUUGGUUCAGUCUUACCGACUGCCAAGCAGGAAGGGAACAUUUUAAGAAAAUGGUGAAUUUCUUUUAGUCGUAAAAUAGAUGUUAGACAUUUUUAAGAAAUUCAGAACUUGAUAUUUGUGUUAAUGACUAUUAUGGCUUUGAUAAAAUGAUUGAACAGUUGUUUUAAGAUGGUUAUUACUUUCUUGUUAUCAUUUUUUUUUUUUUUUUGUCUUUGCAUUUUAGAAGAAAAAAAUGUUUUUGGACUUUUGUUUUGUUCCCAACAAAUACUUGAAGUUUUUAAGAGAAAAAAAAAAAGAUAUGGAUUAUGGUAAAAUAGUCAUUAAAGACACUGGAAACCUUG